CACGCAUCGCCUUGCUUAAUUAUAUGCUGACUUGAAGUGAAAGCAUCUCUAAAACAAGGAAGUUAACACGUAUUGGUCAUCGGGUUUAUGACUUUUCAAUACGUGUUGCGCAUCAGUGACAGUUCCAGAGUUACCUCCACUAUGCAGUCAACAAGCGCUUUUGCCCAUCUUUUAACUUUUCUUUUGCUAAAUGGUUUUUCUAUUGCGAUAAAGCUCGAUCACAAGAUGUUCAACGAGUUUCAUCACAUCAGAAGUCACGCAUCUUCGGACGUACAAACUAAAGCAGUUAAAGAUCUUAUAACUCGACUUCUACCUGAACAUGCUUCGAAGUUCGAUAUCGUUGUCCAGCCUUUCUUUGGACCGCCACAUUUGGACGAAUUUGAGUACAAAACCACUGCAGAAUCCAAGCUACAGAUAAAGGGAACAAGUGGUGUAGCGUGCUCGCUAGGUCUACAACAUUUCUUGAAGAAUUAUUGUCACGCGCACAUUUCGUGGAGUGGAGACCAGUUAAAGAUACCCAAACCCUUUCCUACUGUGAAAGACUUGACAAGGAUAACCCUACCGUACAGGUACUCUAAUGUAUAGCACAGUUCAUCAGUUAUCAGGCUCAUGCCCUGUGUGCCAGAGGUUUUCUCUUCUUGAUGACUGAGAUGCAUGGUUUGACACGUCACGUUUUCCGUAAAGGAUUUAAGUAUUAGCAUACAGAUCUAUCCAUGCAUAAUGAAACCUUGGUUGUUUACCAUUUACAAAAGUUUCCAGAAAAUCCGAUCAGUAAAUGGAACAAGACUUUUUGGGUCGUUGUUUCCUGCGGAAAAAUUCUGGGAGCAACCGAACAUCGCAAAAGGUAGCCCUGUUGUUACAAACGGAAAUUAGCCAACUUUGAUAUCAGUUCCAGGCUUUCGCGGCCGUUUUUCGGUAGAUGGAACGGAUUUGUGCAAACGGAAAACGCGAUUCGGGAAAGAAAUUUCCAGAUCGGAAUUUUGCCUAACAUUUACCCAAACCUUGAACCGACCGGUUUUCCAAUGUAAGUGGUGACAACCCUAAAUUCAAACCUAUAUUCCGCUCCAAAAGGGCUAACUUGACACGUGAUCGAACAUGAACUCGAGGACAGAGUUCAGUAACACACAGACGUUCUUUAAUUGGGCUUCGUGAUGCGUUUCUUCCCCACGUUGGAAGAAGCCCAAAGCUAAGAGUUAAGCGGCAAUAUAGAGAGGUGACUGUUAGCAGAGGUUCGACUGUGGUUAAAGUUGAGGUUAACGCCCACAACAGCUUUCCCCUUCUCCUCAAAACUCGAACGGGUCCAUAACACAAAGGGUGUGGGCUUUGAAUCCCUUUGGUCUAAAAUUGGGAAUAGCCUUUAAACGUUGGAUGUGUUUCUUUCUUUUUUAUCCUAGUUCAUCUCUUGAGGAAAACGGUCCAGGACCUGAAUAGGGUUGGGAAAUCAUGAUAUUGGUCUGAAAUAGGCAGGGUUCACAGCAUACUUCAUGAAUUUUCCAAGUGAAAUCCCAGCGUUCUCACUACAAACAAAUCGAUGUUCAUUCCGAACCUUUUACUACCUUGAUAGAGGUAAAAAUAGAUAUGGGGUUGGGGGGGGGACACAAUGUGACACGCUAAUACAGUACACCCGCCUGUUUUCGCGAAACUUUCCAUUGGCCAACUUGUCUCUGUGUUUCUCUGUCAGAUUUCGCUACUAUCAGAACGUGUGCACCUUUAGUUAUUCAUCUGUCUGGUGGAACUGGACUCGCUGGCAGCGAGAAAUUGAUUGGAUGGCACUGAAUGGCAUCAAUCUUCCACUUGCCUUCACUGGACAGGAAGCAAUAUGGCAGAGGGUGUAUCACAAAAUUGGACUCACACAGCAAGAACUAGAUACUUUCUUUGGAGGCCCAGCUUUCUUGGCAUGGUAAGCUGUGUUACUUUUGAAGGACCAGUAAUCAUUAUGCUUUAAUCCUUAGCAGUCUGGUUGUAAAGAAAAAUCUCUUUUUAGCAUGCAGAAAUCUUAUACUUUUACUUCAUAUUAAUUUCCUUGCUCUAACUUUAAUAGCGCUCUAAAGAAUUGAAUUGCUAUGCCUUAGUGUUUCAGUGUUUCAGUAGUGCAGUCGUUCAUUAAAAAGUGAUGCGCAAAAACACAGAGGGCUUAGGAUAACAACUGCAAAUUCAUUAUUAAGUUUGUAUUUGGAUUUAAGAAACUUAUAUGCCUUCAGCAGUAUGCCGGAGUUUUAAGCAAGUACUUACUACAAUAGCUGACUGUCGGUAGCCCAGUAUUUUUCUGGAAAGGUUCCGAAAAAAAGGCACAAAUAACUAAACAUCACCGAUGGAUUCUUACAUUACCUAUAUCACGAUUCACUUAGCUGAGACCUCUUUCCACACUUUACAAACCUCUUCAAUUUGUAACCACUAAGAUUUCCUUCCACAGUAAGGUAAUCGAGUCUUUUCUUCCAGGGCAAGAAUGGGGAACAUACGUGGGUGGGGAGGUCCUCUUCCGCCAUCGUGGCGUAAGAAUCAACUUGAUCUACAACACAAAAUUCUUACAGCGAUGAGGAAUCUUGGCAUGGCUCCCGUUCUCCCUGGAUUUGCUGGUUUUGUGCCGGAUGGUCUGAAAAGAGUGUAUCCACAGGCAAAAUUGUCCAGAGUGAGCCGAUGGGGUCGAUUUAACAACACUUUCUGCUGUGGUUAUCAUCUUCACCCCACUGAUCCCUUAUUUAAGGUAAGUCACUUGUAUGUACACGUACAUUUUAAGCUACAAAUCUAAAUGAAAAAUUCUGAAGCACGGUUUAAAGGAAUGCGUCUUAUGAGCAUGACACUAUAGCUAGUCUCGUAGAGCUGUUUGACGAGGCCAACGGCUUUUCGUCCUUAUCCGAGAAGGCGCAAAGAAAGGCAGUACGUUCGGAUCAAUUUAUGUUUCUGGGAAACUGUCCACCUACCGCUACCCUAAGCUAACAUCAAUACUUACCUCUCACUUAGGGAAAAAUGUUGACUUAGGGGAGGGGUAGGUGGGCAGUUUCUCUUGCAGAAACAUAAAUUGAUCUGCACGUUCUCCUCAUUUUAGUGUGAAGACUCAGGAAUCGAGCCCGGAGCCACUGAUUGUAUCUAAUUCUGGCACCCAACCUUUACAUUACAGCCAAUCGGUCUUUUGACAGUCUUUGUUUUGGGUCUCUUUAAAAUGGGUGGUUAAUUUAAGGCUGCUCGGUAAUUACUGGAAAUCUGUUUUAUACUUCAUUUGCAACAGACAGUAGGGUCCCUCUUUAUCAAAGAACAGAUAUCCGAAUUUGGUACCAACAACAUAUACAACGCUGACGCUUUCAAUGAAAUGACGCCCACAUCCAAAAAACCCAGCUAUCUAUCCGGGCUCAGUAGUGCUGUAUACCGGGCCAUGGUGGCUGGUGAUCCUAAUGCCGUUUGGCUCAUGCAAGGAUGGCUCUUUCGGGACACCAACUUUUGGAAGCCAUCUCAAGUGAAAGCACUCUUACAAGGUUUGUAAGUAGUCAAUAAAGACAGAUUAAGGAAGAAGGUAUGAUUCUGUAAAAAGGAAUAAGCCUGCCAGCAAGCUCUCAACUUGAAAAUCGGUACAGGCCAAGGCUCCAGUCUUUUGUGGCUCGCAUACGCGCGAGACCUUCGGCUCUCGUGUUCUCAUGAUUGCUGGCAUGCUCAGAUAACGGCAUGGUGUUGUAUAUAUAGAUGGGGCUCUUCAAUAAUUAGCUUAAGAGGUUUCGAUGAAUUAACCACUUCAAUAUUGAAAACCAAAUGAACUCAUUACGAAAUCUAAAAUGAAGCAGGAACGUUGACGUUAGUGUUAAUGAAUCAGUACUCAGUCGCUUGGUUCUUACACUGUGAUAGCCCUACCUGUUUAUUUCAGUUGAGCCUGUUGUUGGCUCUUUGCCAUGUCUCACAAGAAAAAGUAUCUCCGAAACACAAAUUUGACCAGGCAUUCGAGGGUAACCAGCUUAUCGGCUUAGAAGCAUGUUAUGUGAUAUCCUCGUAAAAUAAAGUAGAUGAUUUUGUUGAUUAUGAUGAUGACGGAUGAUGGUAAUUACUUUAACUUCUUCUAGUUUUUGUUACUGUGUCGCCUAUAUCUAGGAACAGCCACGAAUAUACUGAUGGUGAUAAUGAUGAUGACGAUGACGAUGAUGAUGACGACAAUGACGAUGAUGAUCAUAAUCAUGACCACCAUCAUCAUCAUCGCCGCCACCACCAUCUCCAUCAUCAUCAUUAUCAUCAUCAAAUCAAUAAGAAUCCAACAUUGUGAGAGCUAUUUUUAAAUUUAAAAAUUUGCAAACCAUUAAUGAUUCUCUUUUUAGGAGUUCCUCGGGGACGCAUGAUUGUCCUAGAUCUGAUGGCCGAUAUCGAACCUUUCUGGUCGCGUACUGAGUCAUUCUAUGGACAACCAUUCAUCUGGUGUAUGUUACAAAACUUUGGUGGACAAUUGGGACUGUUUGGAACUAUACAAAGUGUCAUAACAGGUACAAUAGUAUAAAGCUGUUGAAAUACAUCAAUUAAUAUGCUAUACAGAAGAGAGACAAUUAUGGUGGUCGUAAUUUCCACGACAUAUGUCAUCAUAUGAAUUAAGUUUCCUCUUAUCUUGUAUUUUGCAAUACUGUCAGAGCUCUCCAAAAAUUCUCAAAAUAAGAGGAAUUGCAUUGAUGUCACACAUUAUUGUUUCAUUGUCCUUUUCUCACUUGUUGUUUUCAUUUUUAUUUCAUUUUCGUUUUCGUUUAUUCUUCCCCAUUAGUCGGACUCCCCAAUAUGUGCUUUGGUUUUCAGGGCCAGUUAAAGCAUUCAACAGCCCUAAUAGUACAAUGAUAGGCACUGGCUUAACACCAGAAGGAAUAGACCAAAACGAUAUGAUGUAUGAGCUGAUGAACGAAAUGGGUUACAGGAUAAACGCCUUUAAUCCUGUGGAGUUAGAGGAGUGGAUAAAAUACUAUGCCCUUCGAAGAUAUGGCAACACAAACGAUAACAUAGCGAAGGCGUGGAAGCUACUUAUCCACUCGGUCUAUAACUGCACAUAUUACUGUAUUGGCUUCAAGCACCAGUCGGUUUUCGUCAGACAACCAACUUUAAGGAUUGCUCCACAUAUAUGGUACAAACCGGAAGAUGUGUUUAAAGCAUGGGACGCAUUGAUCUCGGUGGCUAAGGAUUUUUCUCACUCGAAAACAUUUAGGUAAUUUAACGUAAGACUGUAAAAAAAUGAGCAGAGAGCCCUUCGAGAGAUGGCUUGGCAGUUAUUUAGGUUGCAUUAAUCUGUAAAUGAGCUGUUGCAUGAGACAGUUUAGCAAAACUUGAUAUUGCACCGCCAAAAUUAUCUCCACCUCCCGAGUAUCUUGCAUGCUUUAACUUCGUAAAAAUCAGUGUGAAAUGAAAAAGCCUCUCAUCGUCGGUUGCACUAUAAGCUGAACCAAAUACGUAACAUUUUAGGUGGAAAGGAGAGCGUCGCAAUCCCCAGGAGGGUUGGAGAGGGGGGGGGGGCAUUCAGGCGCAGAAGGCUUUAACCCCGACCCUGUUUAAGGCAGAAAUUGUUCAUUUCGCUAUCCUGUUUUAGACAAGAGUCCAGCUUUACGAACCUGACUCGUUUCGUUUGGCACAAAAAAUUAAGCGUCUUUUAGACUAACAAUUGAAAAUAGAUUUAGACUUUUUUGAAAAUACAUUGUCGGUACCACCCAUGUAAACCGCGCGUUGUAAACUUUUACACUUUUUUUAAAGGUUUUCGGCUUUCCAAAAAGACACACUGGUUAAGACGCGAAAGAGUGAAAUUUUAUACCCUUUUGAAUAAGGACCUUGAAAACCAUAACUUGUUCAUCGGCCGAUACACGCAUUGGCCAAAUAAGGGAGUGAACCCACCCCCACCCCUUCAUAGGGUUACACUAGUCAAAUUGUAUUAUCUACUGAUAACCAAAUAGACAAUGCCAUUAACAACAGGGCCUUCAAGGGCCAAAGGGAUAACUAUUCAUUACCGAGUAUUAAUAGAAUCGGCCGUGAACGAAUCAAGAUCACGCAAUUUUCUGUUUCCCUAUUGUCGCAAAAUUUGCGAAGUUACGAAAGCAAGAAAAUGUAAUCCGUCUCAGCCAUUAGAAGUGCUUAUUUUGGCCAAAGAACAUCUGAGCGGAAUUUCAGAAGUGUCUGUAUCAUACUUUAUACAUACUCUAAUUUAUUUCUUUGUACUUCUUUCAUUGUUGAUGAGCUUUGAAACUUCUUUUUAGAUAUGAUCUUGUUGACAUCAGCAGACAGGCGUUACAUCUUCUGGUGAUUCCACUCUACCAUGACCUUAUACGAGCCUACAACGCCAAGUCGGUUCCUCAAGUUGCUCAAAUCGGUAUCAAACUACUUAGCAUGUUUGAUGACCUGGACAAAAUACUUCAAACCAAUCAGAAAUUUCUUUUGGGAUGCUGGCUCAACUCCGCCAAAGCCAUGGGAACAACGCCAGAAGAAGUUAAGCUUUACGAGUAUAAUGCACGCAUUCAGAUUACUCUGUGGGGACCUACAGGGGAGUUUGACGACUACGCCAACAAGAUGUGGAGUGGCUUGGUAAACGAUUACUACAAACCGCGGUGGGAGCUUUUUAUUGAAGAACUUGUUAACGCUAUUCGACAAGGAAAGAGGUUGGACAAUAACGCGUUUGCUAAAAGGUUACUCGAAAGGGAAACUGCUUGGACGCAAGGUAGAAAAAAAUAUCCUUGCAGACCAGUGGGCGACAGUGUUGAAGUGGCGAUGUUCCUGCAUAGGAAGUACCGCUUGUACUCGAGUCGAAGGAGGAUUGAGUUAGCUUGUAUUAAGGAAGAUUAGAAUGACAGCCCUGUAAUGAAGUGAAUGGUAUAAUAUUUAUCCCUAUGGGGAAUCAAUCUGAUCUUCCCCAAGGCACUAAACUGUACAUCACCAUAUGAGGACCCAAUCAACGCGACAGCGCUCUCGGGAACCGACCUCUCUCCCCAUUCCUUAUCCCAAUCCUCCAAAUCCAAUGGAAAAAAUUGUUGUGAAGUAAUAUUGUGUUUGUUUUAAAAGCCAUUAUCAUUAGGAUAUUUAACGAUAGUUUCUUUGUUCCCGAGUUUUCGCUCGUGCUUAGGGUUUCGUUAUGUUUAGGUUUUAAGAUCAAGGUUAAUCCGUAUUUGUGUUAUCAGGUUUUGUUUGAUGUCAUUACCUUUUUAAUGGGUUUGUCGACAUAAUCGACAUAACUGUCUUUUAUCUUGAGGUUUAAUUAAGCUUGAUUGCCAGUCUUUGUGGGUUCGUUUUGGGACCAUAGCUGACCUUGAUUGUUACCUACAUCGGUGUUCCUCUUUGGGUUUAAAAUAGAGCCUCGUGGGUUUAGUUGUCAAGCCAGUUUAUUGGUUUCCUAGUGCUUGAAUUGUUCAAUCUUGUCAGUUUGUUUUUACCCACUUUUGUGAUCAACA